UACUAUAGCUUAGCGUUAUUUUGUUAUCAAAAAAAAAUUUUUUUUGGAGUCUGGUGGGUGAUUACGAUUGUAGUUUUUAUGUAUUCACUUGAAGGCCAACUAAUCAUCAAAGUUAUUCUGAUAUAAAAAUAUAUUCAUUGGUUAAUAAAAAAAAUUCAUUAAUUAAAAAUCAAAUUUAUAUUUUUUUUAGAUGAAAAAUUGUGGUGAUUGACUGAAUAAAUAAGAGUUACUGAAUAUUUUCAGCUAAUAAUCAUAAUUGACUCAUGGCAAAAAGAAUAUCAUCAAACAGAUGCGGCUGAAAACCAGACCAGUGUCACGUUGUGUCAGAUGUUAUUCAAUAUAAAAUUAUAAACAUUACUAUUGAUGCAAUGAUAGUUAAAAAAUCAGUGAAUUAAUAUUUACUAAAAUAUAUGUACCACAUAUUGACUUUAAAUUGGGACUAAUUAAUCUUAUUGGAACAGAAUAUUGAGAGAGACGUUUUUAAUUGAUAAAAAUAUAUUUGUAAUAUUUUAAAUUGACAAUAUGUCUCGUUCUGGUGCUCGUCUUGAUGCUAAGAAGAUAAACUCUGAAUUGUUUACUCUUACCUAUGGAGCUCUUGUAGCCCAACUUCUCAAGGAUUAUGAAAAUGUGGAAGAUGUAAAUAAACAAUUGGAAAGAAUGGGUUACAAUAUGGGUGUUCGUUUAAUUGAAGAUUUUUUAGCAAGAACUGGAUCAGGACGAUGUUAUGAUUUUCGUGAUACUGCUGAAAAAAUUCAAGCUGGAUUUAAAUUAUUUCUUGGAAUUACUCCAACGAUAACAAACUGGAGCACUGCUGGAGACGAAUUUUCGUUAUGUUUUGAAACAAACCCAUUAACAGAGUUUGUUGAACUACCAGACCACUGUCUUAAUUUAAAAUAUUGUAAUAUACUUACUGGAGUAUUACGAGGAGCCUGUGAGAUGGUACAAAUGGAAAUUUCUAGCUGGUUCGUUCAGGAUCAACUAAAAAAUGAUAAUAUAACAGAAUUACGGGUAAAAUUUAUAAAAAGGCUGGAAGAUGCUAUACCUGCUGGAGAAGAUUGAUUAUAUCGUUAUGUUCAUGAGAUUUCUGUAUUAUGAAUUUACAUGAUAUGAUUUUUUACAUUAUUGUUUCAUCUCAUAAUAUAAUAAAUGAAUAUUUUACUAGUUAA